AUGGACUGCAGAGACAUCUUGGACGUCACGGGCAAGAAUUCAAAAAACCUACUGGUCGAAGCAGGAGGGCAUGCGCGGCUUGUCAUACCAGUAAAAUCAAAUGCGAUGGAAAUGAUCAUGUUCAGAUGUGAAAAGAAGAAUACUCCCUGCCAAUAUGGGUUGCGUCAAGGACUAUCUGCUAUAGCCAGCAGGCAAGAUGAAUCCUCCAAAGAUGAUUUGAGCGAUUGGGAGGGUUCGGAAUUCUCAAUAUCCGAAAAUGUACAAGGGGAUCAGAUGUCCGUUGAAAGUCCACAGACUGACCAGACACUCAAUCCUGAUGAGACUGUUACGAAUCAAAUAUCCAAUGUGGUUCAAGCAUUCAACUCCGGUCAAUCUUCCCACUCGGAACACGCAUUCGACUCUAUUCCAACACACAGCCCUUUACAAGAGGCACAUGAUUCGUCGGUAAGCAGGAAUGUGCUCAAUAAUUCGGUCACUGCUGAAGAUUCGCUCUCACUGAAUCUGAGGCGCACGCCUCACGGGCUUGUCGAUUGGUCAAAUGACAUCGAUUGGUCAAAUGUCAGGAUCCAACAAGAUGCUCCUCAAACUCGAGAAGCACCUCAAAAUACCCCUGUUUCCAUAUCUAAGCUUGGAUACCUAUGUUCAACAGUUGCCAAAGAAACUGUCGAGAGAUAUCGUUAUCUAUACUUUGCCAAUUUCCACGAUCGCUGGCCCAUAAUCCAUUCCCCAACUUAUGAGGAUGAAGAAGAGGCACCUGAGCUUCUACUCCCAUCUAUAUUGAUGAUUGGAGGUUGGAUUGACGGGACUCCAAGCUCGAGAGAUUGGGCUUUGAAAGUUCACCAUAAUUUGGUAGAGCAUGUUAUCCCGCGCGCCUCCAUAUACGGAGCUGGAAUCUUGACACCUGGGACUAUCUAUCCAGACGAUAAGCCCGGGUAUUUUCUACCACUGCGUUCGGUUAAAGACCAGCAAAGAAAGAGGAUAGCAGUUGAUCUCUUCAAGAUUGACACAUAUUUCACUGCCAUAACCGUGCAGCCAGUUUUACUCAAGCCAGAAGAACUACACUUCAGUAUUCCAGAAACCAUCGCGCUUUGGAAUGCUGUAGGACUUCCUAUUUGGGCGGCUCGUCAACCGGGUGAACCGAAAUCUAGAAGCCAUCGUUCAAUCAAUGUGAUGAUUGAAGAAGUCGCUCUUGGAGGAAUUGAGUUUUCAGAAAAUGAGUCCAUGUUAGAAGAUAUCCAGAUUUGUCUUUGGGCUAUGCAGUCAGAAAUCUUGCAGCUUUCCAAGCAGGCUCAACCUGAGAGACGGAAUGAACUGAGUUUGAAUAUUCAAAGACAAUCACUUAAACGCCAACUGGAAGCUCUAAAACGUGGGUUCUCAAAUCUUUCCGGGAAAAUAUCGAGCCCCGAUGCAUUUGACCAAGCAGGACAGUCUCCCGUGCAUUUCUACUAUGGACCUGAAGAUCAUGAUAAGCCCGGAUGGCAAGAUAUAGUUUACCGACGCAUUCAUAGCUUCAUCUUCGACACUUCUAUCCUUCGUCAUCUGAUGAAUUUACAACUAUUCACCGAGACUCAGACUAUCAGGAUGCUCGCCAAAGAUCUGACACUUUCUGAUAAAGUCCGAGGAGUGUUCGGAGAUAUAUAUUCUCAACCCCAUACCAGACGUGUUUUGGCAGCACGUGCAUGGACACAAGAGCCUAGCUCUCGGCGCGCGUUAUGGCAUGCCACUGAAAUUCUUCUAAGCCACAGUGCACUCAACCGAACACACUCUCUCGCCAACUUCAUCCCCGACCCAAUUUCCUACAUAGCUUUAGCAUCCGCAGCGUUAGUCAUUUGGACCCAUUGCAUGUACGGACAAGAAGCGUGCAACGCUUUAUCAUGUACAUCGAUGCUCCCUCACGAAGUGAGUAUGUCUAUCGAAUUGACAAAAUUAAGCGAAGUGAUAAAUGGCUUCUCGUACGACGAAAAGGCAAAAGAGGUUUGGAUUGAAGGUGGUACUUAUUUCAGAGCUUCGAUUGAGAAUGUUCAGUUGUGUAGUUGUAAUGUCGGGAUUUUAAUGGGCAAGUUCAGGGCUUAUAUACCGCAUGAUUGGGAGAUUGUAGAUGAGAUUGCACCAAACAUCUUCGGGAAGCUUGAUGGUCCAGAAGCUACUGGAGUCACUUCAUGA